AUUAUUUCAUUUUAUUUUUACUGACAACCAAAAUUUUUGGUGCUUUUCUUUAUACAAUAGAUAUUACAAUUUUUCAGUUUUAAUUGUUGACCAUCUCUUCAGCGAGAAUAUAUUUAGCAUUAAGUUUAAGAAAUUAUUUCGAAAAUUUUGCCCGUCAUGACUCAAGUAAAUUUUCUUUUUGACAUUAUUGUAACUCAACUUCGGCUAAAUAAGUAUGAAUUUGAUGAGCCACAGAAUCUCAUGGUGCGAGCUAAGUUCAACAAAAUAGGACUUGCAAUCACAUCAAGCCGUAUAAAUGUGACCGAGUUCCGAGCUGGACGCGACAUCGAAUUCAAAAUCGAACCACAGAUGCUACGCAACAAUCUCAAAAAAAUUGGCAUGCUCGUCACGGUGCAAUACGGUAGCAUUAGCUUGGGCACCGGAACGCUUAUGUUUCCCCAAAGCUUCAUUGAUAAAAUUGACUAUGGCAUGAGCGACUUGGUGCACGCCGAUACAUGUUCCAUUCAAAGCCGCAACACAGAAGUGGGCUUCGUGGAACUGCUGUGCCGCCUAAUCAUCAAGUGCGAAGACGAAACGCUGGGUUUAGAAGCAUGUCAAAAGAGGUGCGAACACCUGGACGAGGAGAUUAAUCAGGCUGACAUUAUGUUCUUAGUAGACAAGCCAGAACUCGACGCAAUACCUUGCGAACCGUGUUCAGAUGAGCUGAAACAAGAAGAAGACGAUGCGCAACUCAGAUGGGAUCUUAGUCGGUAUCGCAGCUUUAACCAGCGCGUCACCCAGUCACCUGAGGAUACAAGUGCCAUGCAGGCGUGCAGUCAGUUAAAGAAUCUGACGGCGAAAUGCGGAGAAAUAAUCGACUCGGUUAUCAAGAGGAUUGCCCAAUUGUCUUCACCAAAGCUAACUGAGCAUACUCACAAUACAAACCAGACACCAAUUAUCUAUAAUUCUACGAGAACGCCAUGCACAAUACCUGUUCCUGCGGUAGACAUGGAACAAGUGGACAUUAAGCCCAUUCGCUUCUGUCCAAUUUGCUUGUGCUCUAUGUCCUGGCUCCCUAAAUAUGCCUGUUGUCCUAGAUGCUGGGCCAAGCCCAUGCCAGAACUUAAAAGUGAAUCUAAGGAAGUUCUCACGGCCGAUCUAAUCAUAAAUCGUUAUGCUGAAGAGCCUCAUCAAGCUGCCAAUAGUCUUUCGGAUAAGGAAAAUAUUGAGAGCACCAAGCAUACAAGUCGCUGUACCUGCAAGUUGGGAAAAAUGUGCGCUCAUUGUCGAGUCCGCAAUUUAUGUUCAGACAUCUUCAAAUCAUCGAGGUUUCAUAUUCCAGAAAUCAAGCCCAAAGCUAAUGAGGACUUUUGCGUUUUAUUCAAGUGUAAUGGAUCACCUCCUACCUGCCGUACACAUCUACAAAUUGUGUUAUCCGAGCUGAAACUUCUUUACCAAAAGAAGGAUGUUGAAAAUAAUAAACACUGCAUGCAGUCACAACUUGGCGGAGAACUGGACACCAAUUCAUUGUUAUAAAAUUAUUUUAUUC